AUGAGCACUGAUUCACUUUCUUACAGCAGAGGAAAGCUGCUAAGAUGCUCAAGCAAACUAAUAUCAUGAAACUACUGCUGCUCUUUCUGCUUUCUGUAGCCAUAGUCAAAUCUCAGGAUUAUGAUGAGGAGGAUUCUACUGUUGCACCCGUGGCUGAAGGAGAGGGCAAAGGAAUGGAUGCACGUGGUCACAGGCCAGUAGACCGAAAACGGGAGCCAAUUCCAACUCUCAGACCAGCUCCUCUGCCUCCCAGUUCUGGCUUUAGAUAUCGGGCGCGUCCGAUGAAACCUCCUGUCCGUGGCCAAAAGAAAGAGAUAAUAUACCCUGACAGUGGAGGCUGCAAGCAUUUGUCAGAGGAGUUGGGAACAUUAUGUCCAACUGGAUGUGAACUACAAAAGGAAUUGCUGAAACAGGAAAGGAACGUGAAACCAACUGUCCAGGAUCUAAGUAACCAAGUGCAUCAGCUACAUCAAACUUCCUCAAACUUUUAUAGUUACACCAACCAGCUAGAUGAGCGAUUAGGAAAAAGGCAAAAACAAAUAGUAGAUAAUCAAAAUGUAAUUGAUGAAUACAACAAGGAUUUAGAUCACCACUACGCUUUCAUCAAAGAGAACUUAGACAGCAACAUUCCAUCUACCUUACGAGUACUUCGUGGGACUGUGGAUAUUUUACAACAAAAAUUACUAAAGCUGGAAAGCGCUAUCCUGGCCCAGUUGAACAAUUGCCGUACUCCUUGUACAGUUUCAUGCAACAUACCUGUGGUCUCAGGCAAAGAAUGUGAAGACAUUUUUAGGAAAGGAAGUGAAGCUUCUGAGAUGUAUCUUGUUCAGCCUGAUCCUUUCAGUAGACCAUUCAAAGUUUACUGCGACAUGAAAACAGAAAAUGGAGGUUGGCUUCUUAUUCAGAACCGCCAAGAUGGCAGUGUUGGCUUUGGAAGAACAUGGGAUGCAUAUAAAAAAGGAUUUGGAAAUAUUGCAUUCAGUGGUGGAAAGAACUAUUGUGAUACCCCAGGUGAAUAUUGGCUCGGAAAUGACAAAAUCCACCAGCUUACCAAACUGGGACCCACUGAACUUUACAUUGAACUGAAAGAUUGGGAAGGCAAUAAGGUUCAUGCACAUUAUGGAAGAUUCAGCAUUCAGAGUGAAUUAAACAAGUACCAGCUCUCAGUCAGCAAUUAUCAAGGCACAGCAGGAAAUGUCUUACUAGAAGGAGCUACACAGCUGCAUGGCGAGAACAGAACAAUGACAAUCCAUAACAGCAUGUUCUUCAGCACUUUUGACAGAGACAAUGAUGCAUGGACGACAAGCUCCAGGGACAGAGGCCAAGAUCCAACAAAACAGUGUGCAAGGGAAGAUGGUGGCGGCUGGUGGUACAAUCGCUGUCAUUCAGCCAAUCCAAAUGGCAGAUACUACUGGGGUGGACAGUAUACCCCAGAGAGAGCAAAACAUGGAACAGACGAUGGAGUUGUAUGGCUGGACUUUAAAGGCUCAUGGUCUUCCCUGAAGGAAGUAAGCUUGAAGAUCAGACCAGUCUCCCAAGUAUCAUGAGUACUGCUUAAAUAAACAAUUGCGAAUGUUUAUGCUCA